CCCCUCCGCCCUCCCCCCCCCCAAACUUUCUCUUGCUUCACUCUCUCUCAUCAUUCCCCUUUGCUUUCUCUCUCUAAGCUUACACAGAGGCCCCUAUCUCUCUCCGACGCCGCCGCGCCGCCCGCCGCAGGUUACUCCGUCAUCGAAGAGAAUCCAAAGUCCCAUCUUUUCCCUUUUCUAUUUACCGAAGGUCAAGCAAGUAAUUUGAGACUCUGCCAUUACAGCUUUCCCACUGAAGCCUUUUCUAUGAUAGGCUUACAGAUGCUAAAGGCUUUCUCAAAUAGGAAUUAUAUAUAUGUCAUUAGUGUAUCUAUAAUUCACAGCUGUGUAUGUAGGCAGUCAAUAUUCAUUGUAUAAGGACAAGGUGUCCUUGCCAGCCCACCUGCGGCUUGCUGAUUUAAAUUUGUUGACGGUGGGGAGAAGUCAUAACUCUCUUUGUGCUUGGUAAUCCAGUUUCAUUGUAUACUUAAGGACCACAUCAAAAUGUCAGAAAGCGAAAUGGCAAUCAUCAAACCAGAGGCUAUGAAGUCAUAUAUAUGGCUCGAGUGUGCCGAUGGUUCAAUCCAACAAGUAGAGGAGGAGGUUGCUAUGUUCUGCCCCAUGAUAUGUCGAGAAAUACUUCAAAAGGGCCUGGGUUCUUCCAAGAACUAUGCUAUUUCUCUUCCAGAAAGGGUCAACCCAGCUAUUCUUAGCUUGAUCCUCGAUUACUGUCGAUUUCAUCAAAUGCCAGGCCGUUCUAACAAGGAGCGGAAGUCCUUUGAUGAAAAGUUUGUUAAGGCUGACACCAAAAGGUUAUGUGAAUUGGCUUCUGCUGCUGAUAGUCUCCAAUUAAAACCUUUGGUUGAUCUCACUAGCAGGGCACUUGCUCGCAUGAUUGAAGGAAAAACACCUGAGGAGAUACGCGAGACAUUCCAUUUGCCUGAUGACCUCACUGAGGAAGAGAAAUUGGAACCAUUGAAAAAUACCACCGAUGAUCCACGAAUUCGUCUGUUGAAUCGACUUUAUGCUAAAAAAAGAAAAGAACUAAAGGAUAGACAAAAGCUAAAGGAUGUUGAAGUUGAAGAAGAGCGAGUAGAUGAGCAAGUAGAUGAGCGGUCUGUUGAUGACCUUUUGUCUUUUAUAAAUGGAGAUGGAGAUUCUAAAGCUGUUAGAGGUGCAAAAAGUAAAAAAAAGAAUAGAAGGAAAAAGGAUCAGUUGAAGGAUCCAUGUAGGAGCACAACAGGCAAAGAAUUGUCCAAGAAGGUUCAGGAAGCUGUUAGUCUUACAAUAUGCCACGAAGCUGUUGGCAAGUGCUCUCCUACCCCAAGUAGGAGCUCAGCAAGACUUGAAAGCACAGAGAGCGACUUAGUGUCCAAAGUUGAAUUUGAUGAUGUAGAUAUUGAUGAUGAGUUGGAUCCUGCAAUGAAGGAGGAACUUGACAGAGAAGUGGAAGAUUUUGCACGGAGACUGAAUUCUGAUUGGCCUGAAAGAAUGCAAGAAAUCCUAUCUCUAGGCCAGGAUAGAAGACUUGUUCCGAAUUUGCUGAAUGGGAAUAGUUCCCUUAGAAGAUACACAGAUAAUCACUGAGGUGCAGGUGUUGGCCAUAGAUGAGCAUGCAGGCAUAUAUAAGACCAAUUGAAGCUGAUCCAUUCUUUUGAAUGGUAGGUGAACCUUGUCUCUGUUGAGAGAGUGUAGACUGCCAUUGACAAAAUGUGGUGUACAUGAAACGGCCAUUGGCAUGUAUUUUCAGUUUUUUUAAAUUAUUUAUGCAAUUUUAUGUCAAUAUGUUUGUAAUUGUGCAACUUUAGGGAGGACUUGCCAGUGUUUAUGUAAAACUCUCCAGAUGCACGAGCCCUCUGCAUGCAAUAUUUGCAUGAGGGUCGGCUCUGUCUUCCAGACUCCAGCCGUUGCUGAAGUUAAUGUCAUGAUGUUCGCAAUUUAAAUAAUCAACAAAAUAGAAAUACUUGGGUGUCGGCAA